UCCCAGGGACGCAAAGAGCGCGUGGCUGACUGCUCAGUACAACCGCUGUCGUUGUUCGGAGCAACAGGUAACAGGUGUUCCAUCAGAAGACAGCUUGUUUACCCAGUCCACGCAGUGUUGCCUACUACCGUGGGACCUGUCAGGUUCAAACAACGUUCAUCACAUCCGACGUCGAAGAAGCCAGCUGUCUAAGAUGCGAGAAUGGACGGCCUGGCUGCUGCUCUGGCUGUGCCUGUGUGGGCGCGGCUGGGCGCUGAGCAGCGGUGCGCCCAACGGCACGUGCGCCUCGAUGACGCCGCGCCACACCGGCUCGACGCCGCAGAGUUCGCCGCCGCCGUACACGGUGACGCCGUCGGUGCGGCAGGUGGCGCGCAACGGCAAGCUGACCGUGGCGCUGGCGUCGCCGCAGGGCCUGCCCAUCCAUGGCUUCCUGCUCGAGGCCCGCGCGCCCGGCUCCGACGAGGCCCAGGGCGCCUUCACCAGCUACCCCGACACCGCCAAGACCAUCAACUGCAACGGCCGAUACGCCUCGGCAGUAACUCAUAAGGAUGCUUCAAAGAAAAAUUCCUUAACUUUUGAGUGGACAGCACCAGACGAAGACAUAAAAACAUUUGUUUUCCGAGCCACUGUUGUGCAAGAUUUCCAGACUUACUGGACAGGGAUUUUGUCAGAAGAAGUGAAAGUUGUUGAACACCCAGAAGUCUCCACUGAUCAUUCAACAGGAAUUUCAACAACCAGGAAUCCAGUGAAGUCUACUACAGAGAUACCAGUUAUACCAGAGUUUCCUGAUCCUAAAGCAAUAUCAGAACCUUCAAACCCUAUAUAUGAAGGCUGUGGCUCAACAAAAGCUUGCUUUGGUCCUGGUGAAUGUCUUGCAACAAAAAGUUGUAGUAUGAUGGUAUCAGUUCUUGAUAGAGUAGAAGAUUAUGAAUUUGAAAUGAUGGCAGAUAAUGCUUUAUAUGUUGCUGUUGGCUUGUCAGAUGAUGGAAUUAUGGGUGAUGACAGUGUUGUGGAGUGUGUUUAUGAUGCCACUAAUACUGCUGUUCAAGCAUACAGGUCGUCAAAUGUUCCUGACGACAAGGCCAAUUUCCGCGAUGAAAAACCUUUUGAAGGAAUUACAUUAGUGAAUCACAGUUACAUCAAUGGUCGAGUUUACUGCAGCUUUAGAAGGCAAGUGGUGACUUACACGAACAACAAGACAUAUGAUUUAGCCAAUCAACCAUUUUUCCUACUUCUGGCUUCUGGCACAAAUAUCAGAGAUAAUAAUAUUGGUAUCCACUCUGCUAAGGUCAGUACAUCAUCUGCUAAAUACUUGUCUGAUGUAACGGGAUGGACUGCUGCUUCAAAAGUGUUGCUCCGUCUCCACGGUGCGUUCAUGAUAGCUGCAUGGAUAGGAACAGCAAGUCUUGGAAUUCUCUUGGCGAGAUAUUUCAGACAAACUUGGGUCGGUACACAACUCUGCAAAAAGGACUUAUGGUUUGCAUGGCAUCGCAUGUUGAUGGUCACCACGUGGGUCCUCACCAUCGCUGGUUUCGUCAUAAUCUUCGUGGAACUACGUGGCUGGUCACAAGAAGACAAUCCACAUGCAAUUCUUGGCACAAUUACAACAAUUUUAGCUUUUAUACAGCCGAUAGGAGCAGCAUUCAGGCCUCACCCUGGAACGAGACAACGACCAAUAUUUAAUUGGGUUCACUGGUUCAUUGGAAAUUCUGCACAUAUUUUAGCAAUUGUUACAAUUUUCUUUGCUGCAAAACUGGGAAAGGCUGAACUUCCUGUAUGGCUGGACUGGAUACUAGUGUCGUAUGUUGUGUUCCAUGUGGUCAUGCACCUAGUAUUUUCUGUCACUGGUUGUAUGAGUGAACGACAUAGUGCAUCAAGGAUAGACAGUUUCCCAAUGAAAGACAUUGCAUCAAGUCGUAUGGCACUCCAGACUGACAGGAAACAUGAUGCUCCGUUUACAUGUUUGAGGAAAGUGCUCCUUGGCAUUUAUAUCGUGAUCAUACUUGGACUUGCUGUAGCAAUUAUUGUAAUAGUUGCUCUUGCACCAAUUGAAGAAAGCUAUGAGACUUUCUCGAGAUGGCUCAAAGAUGCUUGAAACAUAACUUCUAUAAAAGCUAUUGUGAGAACUGUGGAGACUGUUCAGUAUUCAGAAGACAUUUACUAAAUAUGAAAGUAUUGUGUUGUGUGUGUGUGUGUGUGUGUGUGUGUGUGUGUGUGUGUGUGUCAGUUUCACCAAUGUCCAUAUUUAUAUAAAUUGUGGUGUUGACAUUUCAUUUAUUUUGUGCUCAGAUUACAUCUGCAAUUUUUAAUGAUCAUCACACUAUUGAAAUUGUCAGUGACUUAUUAAUACCAUUUGUGACCACAAAUCAGGUGAUUUAAUGCUGAUAAUCUGAGAAUAAUUUGCUGUGUUUUGUUUACAGUAAGAUAUUUCCUCUUCAUGACAUUUUUGUACAGUAAUUGUAGUUGGAAUGUAAUAUUUGUUGACAGUUUCAAAGACUUGCUGCAAACAAGUUAAUGUCAUUCAAUUUGUUACAACAUUUGUGAAUAUUCAUGUCAAAUCAUUGCUUAUGAUAUCAGAAUGAAUAAAGUCUCAUCAGAUUUUUUAGAA